AUGGGAAAUAUAUGUAAUAGUGAAUAAAAGGAUGAAUUAUUAAGUAAUUAGCUAAAAAAUACAUACUUUUCAGAAAAUGAAGAUCAACCGUAUGCUCCUAUUAAGCAAAUUGUAUCCUAUUGAAAAUACAAUUAGAUCUCAAAUACUAUAGAUAGAGAAAAUAAUUUAGAGAUUGGUGUAGGGUUUGAUAAAACGGAAAUCAUAAAUAAAGAAAUAUGCAUUUAACUUUGGUAAGGCUUGUUAGGAAAUUCAGAAUCUCAUAAAUAGGGACAGAAGGUUGAAUUAUAAAAAGCUUUAUAUAAUAUUCAUAAAAAAAAUCCUGAACGUUUUGAAGAAGUUUUAGAAUAAGUUGGAGGAGGAUAAAUAAGAUGGUUCAUUUGGAAAACUUUAUUAUUCAGUUGUAUUAAAUAUAAACAUCAGGCAAUGAAAAUUAGAUAAACAGAAAGAUUAUCAAUAGUAGAAAGAGAUGUAAAAAGAACUUUUUAUAAGUAUAUAAAAAUUUAAGAUUAGUCAUCCUUUUUUUUAAUUGGAAUCUUAAAGUUAUUAAUUACUAAGUUAACUAUUAAAUUUAAUUGAUGCAACUUUUAGAGGGAUAGGAUAUACUUAGGGCAUGAAUUUCAUUUUAGCUUUUAUGCUCAUGUAAUCAGGUGGAAAUAUAGAAUAAGCAUGGCCUGCUUCAUUUCUUAUGUUUUAUUGUUCUAAAUGGAUGUUAUAUGCAAUUUAUAUGCCAGAAUUUCCUUUAAUGAAACUAAUAUGUUGUGUGACUAAGGAGAUACUUAAAGAAUAAGAUUGCUAACUUUAUAAACAUUAUAUGCAAUUAGAAAUUGAUGAUUCAUUUUUACUAUAGAAAUGGAUUUUUACUUUAUAUUUGUACAAUAUUCCAAAACAAGCUUGUCUACAUUUUUGGGAUAUUAUAUUUUAAAAAGGGAUUUUGAUAAUGGCAUCAAUAAAUUGUUAAUUAUUAAUCUCAUUUAAAUCUUCUAUUAUGAAUUUCAACAAUUCAAUAGAAUUUUUAGAAUAUACUCAAGAUUAAUAAAAUAACUAUUGUUAAAAUUAUAAAUAAAUUAAAAGUAAUGCUUUAAAGACAUUUCCAUCAAAUAAAAUUAUUCUAAAUUGUAUUAAAUCUAUGAAAGAUUAAUAUAAAAAAUAAUAAUUAGCAUAUGAGUAUUUUAAAUUAUUGUAAGUUAAUUUCGAAAAAUCUAAUUUCGAAUAAAAAUAUUAAAAUUGGAUGGAAAACAAUCUUAAACAAUUUAAUUGA